CGAGAGAGCGCGUAUAAAAAGGGUGAAUUAACGCCUGAGUCGGUGCUAGUGUAGCAUGCGUCGGCGUAAGAGGAGGCGGCCCAUUUGCCCGCUUCCAACUGAGAUUCACGUAGACAGCUGUUGAUUGUGUGCAACAGUGAAGUCAUCAACAGAGGCAAUGGAUUCGGGCUGUCUUUAUUUAUUUGUUCUCCUUUGUACUGGUUACGCUCAUGCCGCACCUCAUGAUAAUCGAGCUGAUGAUGGAUGGAUUAAUUUCAAAUAUCAAUACAAGAAGUUCUACAGCAACGAAGUGGAGGAGAAAUUCCGUAAGAACGUGUUCCACGAGAAUCAACAAAAGAUAGCGGAGCACAAUGAGAAGUACGAAGCUGGAAUUCACUCGUACAAAUUGAAGAUUAAUCAAUACGGCGACAUGCUGUUCGAAGAGUACAAAAACUACAUGCAUCCCCAAAACAACACUCUGACGAGAUUGCGCAGGAUACCGCGCGGAGGCGUGUUCGCGAUGGCGAACGCGAGCGUCGAAUUGCCGGAUUUCGUUGAUUGGCGGAAGCAGGGCGCAGUGACACCGGUACAAGACCAAGGUCUCACGUGCGGCUCAUGCUGGGCCUUCUCCGCCAUAGGUGCGUUAGAAGGCCAGUACUUUAAGAAGACCGGCAUUCUGCGACUACUGAGCGCGCAAAGUCUGAUCGACUGCACGACGGACUAUGGAAAUCUUGGUUGUGGCGGCGGUAGCGCAGCUCUGUCUUUUCAGUUCGUCGUCGAUCACAAGGGUCUCGAAUCCGAAGAAGAAUAUCCGUACGUAGGUCGCGCGAAAGACUGUCCUUACGAUCUUGACGACGAGGACGAAGAAUUGGAGGCGAGUUUCGUGUAUGUGCCCACGGCCGAUGAAGCUGCGCUUAAAGUUGCUGUUUCGAGUGUUGGACCACUUUCCGUGGCUAUUGACGCUUCGCACGAUACGUUCAGGUUUUACUCGGAAGGAGUUUACUAUCAGUCGGAAUGUGACAGAAGCGACCUGGAUCACGCAGUUCUGGUAAUCGGUUACGGCACAGAUUCCAAAAAUCGAGACUACUGGCUGGUCAAGAAUAGUUGGGGUAAGAGUUGGGGCCAAGAUGGAUAUUUCAAAAUCGCUCGGAAUCGACAGAACCAUUGUGGCAUUGCUACUACUGCAAUUUAUCCAAUCGUGUGAGAAAAAAGACUUUCUCAACCGGUACCAUGGAAGGCGAUGAAUGCAGCGCAGGAACGUUUGCAGCUAAACGAUGCUCGAUAAUUCCACGCCAAAUUUUCUGUAUAUUGUAGAAUAGGCAUUUCUUUCUGUAUAUAGAGGUCAGCGAUAGUUGUUAGCGUAAUGAUUUUUGAGACUAAAAUUCUGUCUUGACUUUUAUAUUAAGUUUUAUGUGUACAAAACUCGUCGGACAAAAGUAUUUACAACAAAAGCAAAUUAAGCUAAAAAACUACUGCUGUGUUAUAAUUAUAGAAAGUCACAGCUUGUUUCGUAAAAUCUGUUCUGCAUUUCGAAUCUCAUAUUUAAAAAUAUUUAAAUAUACCUACAGCAUUAUACGUAUGUUUUGCGUAAAUAUAUAGAUUUUUUAUUAAUUUAAAAAUUAAUAAAAAAAUUAAAUUUGAAGAAUUGCAUUUAUUCAACACGACAAAAGGAACAUUAAGACGCGCAGAGAAUGUGAGUCAUAUUCAGUGUUUAAUUCGAAGCAAUACCUAGUCUUGAUUCACAGUAAACUUCAUUAUCUAACAACAGCUGUACAUCCUCAGCAUUUUUUCCAUUCUUUUAUUAUUGUAUUUAGUCAACACUUGUUUAACAUUCCAUUCGAUUUAUUCCUGCGCAUCGAGUCAGAGGUAUCACGAUGAUGAAUACAAAUCGAAUGAUUAACUUAUUUAUUUUGAGUGACACGUUAUAAUCCUUUGUGACUCAAAUCGUCGAACAAAGAUUAACUAAUAAAUGGUCAAUUUU